AUUUGUAAUAAUGGAUAAAUAUAUCAACUAGUUAUCUUUUUUGCGGCCUGCUGAAAGCCGUCAAGAAGUUGCUCUGCGCUGGGUUUCGCUCCGGUUGAUGAUCGUUUUCUCUUGUCUCUUCUCUUCUCUUUCAUCAAAUACCCCGGAGUGCCGUUCUCUCUUUGCCUGCGCAGACCAGUGCUUGAAUCCGCAAACGCUUCUCCUGACGACGAUACGACUACGGCUGUUACCGCCUCCUAUAAUCGUACGCCUCCUUGAAAACGCAUCCAAAGGACAUAUCUGCUGGGCAAAGCCUCGCCGUUGCCGCCGGACUACUAAGCUACUCCCUUGACUCCUUUUAUACGCCCGCAUAUCCCUCUCUGGCGGUCAGGCCCUUACCCCGGACUACCGCCAUCUCUUGAACGCCUACGACUGGGUUUAGCUGCGUUUCCACAGACAAAAUGGGUGGAUCACUGUCUAAACUUGUAUCCGGCUGGUUGUGGACAAAGAAGGAGAUAAGGAUUUUGAUACUGGGACUUGAUAAUGCUGGCAAAACAACUCUCCUUUACCGGCUAAAAAUCGGAGAGGUCGUUACUACAAUACCUACCAUUGGAUUCAACGUCGAGUCAGUCACAUAUAAAAAUCUUAACUUUAACGUUUGGGAUCUUGGAGGCCAAACGUCGAUACGGCCCUAUUGGAGAUGCUACUACGCCAACACUGCAGCGGUAAUUUUCGUCAUCGACUCAACGGACAUUGAACGACUGGGUACAGCAUCAGACGAGCUAGCUGCGAUGCUCAACGAGGAAGAGCUACGGGAGGCUGCACUAUUGGUCUUUGCAAACAAGCAGGAUCAGCCUGGUGCCAAGGGAGCCGGUGAGAUAUCGGAGGCCCUGAAGCUAGGAGAGCUACGGGAUCGAAACUGGAGUAUAGUGGCGUGUUCUGCCAUUGACGGCAAGGGUAUCAACGAGGGAAUGGACUGGCUUGUGGUAAGUAACUGUUUCGCCUAUACCGACACAGCUGCUAACGGUUGUCCUUGAUAUAGCAAACCGUGCAGUCGGAAAAUGCAUGAAUGAUAACGAAGGGAGCAUCUUUUAUCUUGUGAUUAGAAUGUACCACUUGACUAUAUCUCUAUGAAUAGUCUAUAUACAUAUCACCGUCUUCAUUUCUCUUAGUUCAUACAACUUUUCAUGCCCCCCUGCUUCUUACCCCUGAGUCAACUAAUAUUUGACCAAGAUAACUCCAACACUAAAAAUAUGAGAACCAACAACAACAACAACAGCCAGAGAGACUCCACUUACUAGCACCCCAACCAACAGCUCUGGUUUAUUGUGAAUAGCGAUAACAAAAAGACAAAAAAGAAUG